CUCUAGCUUUUCUGAUCUACUGCAGUCGCACCUCUGUUAUUUUGUUGCCUUCACCGACUUUCUUUGACACCUACCUGCCAUUCCAUCUUUUCUCUCAUCUUUUAUUUUGUCAUGGUGGAGUCCAUCCAAGACUGUGAAUCGGGUGUGGGCAUCAACCUGUAUGUCCCAGACUCGCAGAGCCUUUCGAGCAUUCCUGGCCCUGACUCGCGCGAGAGCGGCUUCAACCGGCGAGUCCUGGCUAGCUCCUUUGCCGCGGCGCUUUCUGCGCUAAACUUUGGCUGGUGUGUGGGCGAACCAAACAUCCCCGAGGCUAUCAUCGAGCAGUGUCUGGAGGGUCCCCAAGUGUUUGUCAACGGAUUUCCCACCUGCCUCCCGAUGAGUUCAACGCUAUGGGGGUUGAUUGUUGGACUUGUGGCACUGGGCGCGCUGGUGGGAUCUCUGGUUGCUGGGCACGCGGCAGACAAAUUUGGACGGAAAACAGUGCUGCUGGUCAACAACAUAUUCUUCAUCGCAGGUGCUCUGCUCCUCAGUACAUCCACGACUAUCGCGCAGCUGGCCGUUGGCCGCUUUGUUUCGGGCAUCGGAUGCGGGGUUGCCAGCACGGUUGUUGCGACCUACAAUAGCGAAUGCGCACCUGUCAAGGCACGCGGGCUGCUGGGUACAAUGUUGCAGCUUACGGUUGAGAUUGGAAUCUUUCUCUCACAGUUUAUUGCCAUAUUCCUCGUGCAAGUACCCAAAUGGCGCAUCCUGUUCGGUCUUAGCGGCGGCAUCUCCUUGAUCCAAGUGAUUCUCUUCCCCAUGCUGCCCGAAUCACCAAAGUUCCUUGUGUCCCAUGGGCGUCUGACCGAGGCUGAGCACGCGCUGCAAUUCCUGCGGCCCAACUAUGAUAUCACUGACGAAUUCAACGACAUGCUCCUGGCCAGAGAUCCUGCACGUGUGUCCCAGGCAGACUUUGUCCCCGCCGCAGACAGAUCCAUGGCAUCUGUCAACAUUGCAGAAAAAUCAUCAGGUGACAAGCCCAAGAUCAACAUGGAUGCAUCGCCAGAGCCAUCGCUGGUGGCCAGGUCGGCAUACACUCCAAGGUCACUCGGAGUCAUGGACAUUCUGCGCGGACGCACACCCGACAUCAUCACACAUUCUGUGUUCUGCACGCUGUUCCUCAUGGGAUUCCAGCAAUGGACAGGCGCCAAAGGCAUUGUGUUCUAUUCGACAGAGAUCCUGACGCAGGUGUUCAAGCUCAAUCACGACCAGCUCGCAAAGAUCCCAAACAAGCCGCAGCUGGUCACCAUUGGAAUUGCAGCGACAGGAAUUGUAGCCGUGUUCCUCAGCAUGCUUCUGGUCGACAGGCUCGGGCGGCGCCGUCUGCUGCUGCUGAGUACGGGUGGCCUGACGAUUUCUUGCCUGGUUGUCGUCGUUGGCCAAACGACAGGGACUGGCAUGCUGGCCGUCGUUGCCAUGUUUGCCUACAAGAUCGUGUACGGACUGGGUAUGGCCCCGAUCCCGUGGCUGGCAGCAUCUGAAAUGGUACCGUAUUAUGCCCUGGGCACCCUGAGUGGAAUGGCCAGUGCGCUGAACUGGACCAUGAUCUUUACCAUCGGCAUGGUGUUUCCGCAUCUGGCUAAGGGCCUCCAUAGCUACUUGUUCUUGCCCUUUGCUGUGCUGAACAUGUUGGCAUUUGCGGUUAUAUUGCUGUUCAUGCCUGAGACAAAAGGCAAGUCCAUUGCCGACAUUCUGCGCGACCAUGGGCGCCCGAUCCAUUUCGUAUUCAAGCACCCCUGGACCCGUCGCACAGCCGCCGAGCCGACCACACCGGCCUAAGCACACACGCGCCAUUCCGUCAUCCAUCUCUUUCUCUAGUUAGUUGUACUCGUG